CUUUCAGUUUCUAUUCCUUCACCAGAAGUUUGGAGGUGUGAACAACCCAUACAACAGCGAGAGUAUAUAAGGACUGGCAAUUUUUUAUCACAAGAGCCAGAAAGCAAAGGAGAAUAGUCGGCAGUAUAGAAGUAGCAGGAGGGAGAGUUUAGAAAAGUAUAAUAAAGGUAAAUAAUAUGUAUCGCCAGACUCUUAAUCGAGCAGCAAGAGAGCAAAGCCAGUCGGGUAACACAGCUGAGCACAAUCCCCCUGCUGCUCCGGAAAGGCAACAAAGAGAGGGGCAGCCAAGUAUGAAUCCAGUAAGAGAAAGAUUCCCAUCUCGGAGGCAGCAGGAAAAUUCCCAACAUGGGAGACCACCAAAUACAAGCACGUCUCAAAAUCGGCAGCUGAUGGGGGGACCCUACAGGCAUGAGGAUUCCACCCCAGUUCCUUGUGAUGCAGAGCAAUUGCAUGGAAUUCACCAUCUCCUGCCAAGGUGCUCUCUUUGCUCAGACGUGGCUGCUUGCGGACAUACCUUCUGCUGGACUUGCGUCUCACAACACUCGAGUUUCCCUCAGCCAUUUGGAAUGAUCUGUCCAAUCUGCCGGAUGCAAGGGAUAAAUGCAAACUUAUAUCCGGAAAUUGAGAGUCCAUUUCCCCUGGAACGAGAAUGGGCUGUGCCGCUGAUCUUUGCGGAUCAUGCUGGUAAUAUCAAGUUAAACAUGGCAGCCGUGGAAAAUUAUUUCUUGAGAGACAACAUGAGAGAUAUUCCAGUCUAUCUGCUGAGCGUGGUUGGAGAAAAGCGCACAGGCAAAUCUUUCCUGAUGAACUACAUUAUACGCGCCCUACGAAACCAGGUGAAAGGGAACAUAUUCAGUCUCGGGGAAGAAAAUGAGACCCUAACAGGGUUUGAAUGGAAACCUGGGACUUUGGGUACCACAAAGGGAGUAUGGAUUUGGAGCAAGCCUUUCUUUCUGGAAAGGAAUGGAAAGAAGAUGGCAUUGUUUGUCAUGGAUUCCGAGGGAUUAAUGGACAUCGGGAAUGACAGAAAUACCAGUACUAAGUUGUUCUUAUCAUGUGUGCUACUCAGUACUCAUCUUAUCUUUAAUGUAAAAGGUGUUCUAGAUGAGAGGGAAGUGGACUACCUGGAGAUAUAUAUGCAUCAAGCUGUACAACGAGCAGAACAAAAUAAACAGUAUCUGGAUAUUGUAGUCCGGGACUGGAAUGAUCAUGAAGCAUGUGAUAGUAAACAUGCUGCAUCUUACUUGAAACAACAAGUAGAGAUUUUAAGGAACAGAGACAUUAGCCCUGCAGUUCUAAAAGCUCUGGAAAGUGACAAUACCAAAUGUUUCCUGAUGCCACACCCUGGAAAAAAGAUUUCUAAAAGUAAAACUGGAGUGGUGAAAGAUAUGGAUGAAGACUUUAAGGAGAGUCUGACGAUGUAUCUAAAAAAUUUGGUGGAAAGGCCCAAAAAUCCUACAUUGACUGGAGCUCUGCUGGCCAACAUGCUAAUGGAGAUAAUAAGUCAUCUUCAGCAUGCAAGGGGUGACUUCGCUAGCCCACAAGCGAUGUCUGAUCAACUUACGAACAGUGAAGAAAUGCAGAACAUAAUCGUGGAGUUUCAGAAAUUUCUCCCGACGUUGUCCUCCUUACAGCUGCCGGGAACUAUGUGGGAAUGUAUUUCUGCAAAGUCCUCAGAACUUGUGAAGAAAUUUGAGGUGUCGUUUAGUGGCACCAAUGCCGAUAUGCGCACAAAUAUGGUGGAAGAGCUGAGGAGCAAGUUGAAGGAAGUAGGGGAGAAGUUCUACUCAGACUACAAAUGGAAGGGAAUUAAAUAUGCCUCCUCUGCCUUACUCCUUGUGUCUGGGCCAUUAGGAGGAAUGAUGUUUGCUGGAGAGGCAGCAGCAGCAGCGACAACUACAGGCUUCCUACCCACGGCCCUAUCAUAUGCUCAGUAUUUUGGCGCUGUAAUUGCAGGGCGAUUUUUGGGGCGGUGGCUAUAAAUGUAGGGGUUUUUUUACUCUGUCAUACCCAAUACUAUUCUGUAACCCAGUAACUUUGUGCACCCAGUAAUAAAGCUUAUAGAGUAUUUUAGUACUCUUUAAGUACUCUAACAUAA